AUGUCGGACGGUGACACACUCGUAUUUGACGGCAAGAUUGCCCACUUGGUACGCGCACCGACAAAGCUUCCAGUUUUACGCCAUCUUUCACCCCACGCCAGCGUAUGGACGACAACAGCCAUUGUCGCAACUCUUCUCGCUGCCUGCACCGCCGCGGUGGGCCAUCAUUUCACGCUUGCAUACUUGGACGGGCGGCCCAUCGGGUCCACAACAGAACAAUUCUGGAUCAAGAACGCUAGCAAUGCAUUUGGAUAUGUUGUGGCCUUCUCACUCAGCUUUGUCACGACGCAGACGUUGGCACAAGCGGUCUGGAAAGCUGCAAGUACCCAGAAUAUACGCGUAUCCACAUUGGACGACUUAUUCUCGCUACCUUCACCGCCGGCACUUCUAAGGCUCGUCUUCCCGCGCCCACAGUCUAUCCACUUCCUUCCACCCAUUAUAUACGCACUCUUCUUUCAUUUACUCGUCGCCAUUGGAAUCUUUGCCCCCAACGCGUUGACGACCACAGGUAGCGCACGUCGAUGGCAGGAGCUCGUCGUACCGACGCUUGAUCUGAGUAGUGGCCGGAUCACGUCUAUAUCGUAUCCCGACAUGGAUCAGUACACCAAUGUCACCGUAGAAUGGCACGAUCUCGUCUUGUCGCUCGUAGAUUUGGCGUCCCAACCGCCCCAUUUGAACGUGGGCAAUGGAUGUAACGUGGAGUGUGGGUACACGGUGCAGUAUGAAGCGCCAGCGCUCACCUGUGGCGAUCUCGCAGAGUCAGAGGUGGGGAUUCAAGCAUUUCACGUAGGGGACAGUGGUCUUCCGACUAUCUAUGCCGGCACCACUUCUUUAUAUCCAGCGGCAAAUCCGGAAGUUGGGGGCUCGUAUGACCUCGGAGUCCCGUAUGUGCUCAAUAUGUCAUAUGCAGCUAUUCAUGGGCAGAAUACGGACGGGACACCAAAUUAUACAUCUCCAAUACGCGGUGUGACGUGCCAGUUUCGUCAAGGGACUUAUCUACUGGAUUUUCGACAGAAGAGUACACAACAAACCAUCACCACCACGCUCCUGGAGACGGGAGAUGUACUUGGAGAAGACACAACAUGUCAUAGGUCAACAAUUCUCAAGCGCGACGCUGAUAGCAGCGGUGGGGAUUGCUGGACCAGGGGUGUCAACUACCGCGCGUUGACUGAGAUGUUUGCGCGCGCGUUCGCUGGGACGAUCGACUACCAUAUGGCACCCACCUCUACAUUGGAUGGUAAGCCAUAUUUCUCACGACACCUGCAAAGCGAACGUGCCGUCGCACGACUGUUCGUCGCAGACGAGCCAGACGAAAUGGCCUUUUACCUCUCGCCUCGGCUCAGUCUCAACGGCUCAUCGGGCGAUGGAAUGGACAGCAACCGGUUGAAAGAGGUAUUGGCGUCGACAAUGGCCAACGUAACUCUGGGUCUGAUAGCUCAACGAUCCGAUGUGACGCAAACAAGUGUUGAAGUGUGGGACGGAGAGAGCGUGUGGCGUUUCACAGCGAAAACGCUGUGGAUGGUGUACGCACCUGCGCUGAUUGUCUCGAGUUGGUUGGCGGCGUAUGGAUUGUGGUGUAUCUAUGCGCAUGGGCCAUGCAUAUCUCCCAAGAGCGUAGCUAAUGAUGGGGGUGUAGAUGGGCAAGGGGAAUGGAGUGGUGUAGCGCUCGACGCCUCGUUUUCGACCAUACUCCUUGCGACACGGGGAAGGGGGAUCGAUCGCCUCUAUCUUCUCCUCUGGACAUUCCUCGAUAACAUGUCUCGACUGUCGUCGCUCCUCCACUCCCAAGACUCGAACCUGAGGGACAGGAGCUCUUUCACACCUUCAUCUUCGACGCUCGCCUCGUCCUCGACAAUGCGCCUGUCGUCAACACUUUCGUCGAUACGGAGAAAGCACUCGCGCAUGUUCAGACGCGAAAGCUCACCGACCUCGUCGUCGUCGUCGCCGCCUUUCCAAGGCAGCUCACUCGUGCUCGACAUUUCAUCGACGAGCAGUAGGAGUAGUGCAGACGACGAAUUUCGGUCGUUCUUGGAGAUGUAA